AAGAGGGGAUGAGCUGGGCUGGCUUCCGUCGCGUUCGCGAAGGCUCAACCUUCUCCCCCUCCAGCCCAGGUUGUCGGGAGAUGGGCCUCGGGCGGAGAAGCCGGCGUCCGUGAAGCGCGUCCGGCGCCACGGAAAACUACUUUUCAUGAAAUACACCAUCUCUUGUGAAGGUAGAAAGUAAGAGCUGGUCAUCAUGCCUGCCGUGGCUUCAGUUCCUAAAGAACUCUACCUCAGCUCAUCCCUGAAAGACCUCAACAAGAAAACUGAAGUUAAACCAGAGAAAAUAAGCACAAAGAACUAUGUGCACAGUGCUCUGAAGAUCUUCAAAGCUGCAGAAGAAUGCAGAUUAGAUCGUGAUGAGGAAAAGGCCUAUGUGCUAUAUAUGAAAUUUGUGAGUGUUUAUAAUCUCAUCAAAAAAAGAUCUGACUUCAAGCAACAGCAGGACUACUAUAAUUCAAUGGUUGGACUCACCAACAUCAAAAAAGCUAUUGAAGAAGCUGAAAGACUCUCUGAGAGCCUUAAACUCAGGGCAACGAACAGGCUUCUUAAUAAAUUGAACACAAAUUAUAUGUCAUGGGCAAUCACAGCAAAGGAGCUGUAUACACUCAUGAUGGAUGAAAACACCAGCCUGAUUAUAAUGGAUGCGCGAAGAACUCGGGACUACCAGCAUUCCUGUAUCUUAAAUUCACUCAGUGUUCCUGAAGAAGCCAUCAGUCCAGGAGUCACUGCUAGUCGGAUUGAAGCAAACCUCCCGGAUGAUUCAAAGGACACAUGGAUGAAAAGGGGAAAUGUGGAUUAUGUGGUACUUCUUGACUGGUUUAGUUCUGCAAAAGAUUUACAGCUUGGAACAACUUUACGGAGUCUGAAAGAUGCACUUUUCAAGGUUAGCAAUUUACGUUUAACUAUCCCAUGUAACAUGCAUGAAAAAUAUAAGUACUAUUUAUGGAAGUUACUGUUCUUUAAAAAACAAAUGUUAUUCUCUUUGGGAAUUUUAGUGGAUUUUACUUACCCCUCACUGGAAGAACCGGCUCCCUCCAGACCUCCUGGCCAGGUUGCUCCUCCUGUGGAAGUAAAUGACAAGGUCACCUUGAUAACUGUCCCUGAGGAGAGGAGGAGAGCGCCCGCCAAACCAGUCGCUGCUUCCAAAGCGGAUGUUUCACCUCUCAUUCAGCCAGGGCCCAUUAUCAAGAACAUUCCACAGAUUGAUCGUACUAAAAAACCCACAGUGAAGUUGCCUGAAGAUCAUAGAAUAAAACCUGAAAGUACAGGUCCUGAGCUGUCUCCUCAGAAUGGAAAAGUUCUUCCCGAUCGAUCCACCAAACCCACAUUUCCCCCCGUGACCGCCAUGUUAACAGAUGAAGAGAAAGCCCGCAUCCAUGCAGAAACUGCUCUUCUAAUGGAGAAAAACAAGCAGGAAAAAGAACUUCGGGAAAGGCAGCAAGAGGAACAGAAGGAGAAGCUGAUGCGGGAAGAGCAAGAGCAGAAAGCCAGACAGAAACAAGAAGCUCGAGAAAAUGAGACCACAGAAAGCGAGCCGAAAGCCAAGGAGGAAGAGGAGAGGAGAGACGGUGAGCAGGCCAGGAGAGAAGGCAAGGAGCCCUCAGUGAAGAGGGGCAGAGAACUAACAGGAAUAAAAAGACAGAGUAGAAGUGAGCACGAAAUGUCUGAUGCCAAGAUACCUAUGGAGGGAGAGAAAAGGUGUCCGACUCCGGAAAUGCAGAAGAAGUCAACAGGAGAUGUGUCUCCUCUAGCUGUAUCGGGAGAUGCCAGUGCAGGCAAGGCGCAGCGUGAGCCCUUGACAAGAGCGCGGAGCGAGGAAAUGGGGAGGAUCGUGCCUGGGCUGCCUUCAGGCUGGGCCAAGUUUCUCGACCCAAUCACAGGGACCUUCCGCUACUACCACUCACCUACCAACACCGUUCACAUGUAUCCACCGGAGAUGGCCCCUUCCUCUGCACCUCCCUCCACCCCCCCAACGCACAAAGCCAAGCCCCAGGUCCCCGCCGAGCGCGACCGGGAACCCUCCAAGCUGAAGCGCUCCUACUCCUCCCCGGACAUCACCCAGGCCAUUCAAGAGGAGGAGAAGAGGAAGCCAGCAGUGACCCCAGCAGUGAAUCGGGAAAACAAGCCAACAUGCUACCCCAAAGCUGAGAUCUCGAGGCUUUCUGCCUCUCAGAUUCGGAACCUCAACCCUGUGUUUGGAGGAUCUGGGCCAGCUCUUACUGGACUUCGUAAUUUAGGAAACACUUGUUAUAUGAACUCUAUACUGCAGUGCCUCUGUAACGCCCCCCACUUGGCUGAUUAUUUCAACAGAAACUGUUACCAGGAUGAUAUCAACAGGUCAAAUCUGUUGGGGCACAAAGGCGAAGUGGCAGAAGAAUUUGGAAUAAUCAUGAAGGCAUUGUGGACAGGGCAGUACAGAUACAUCAGCCCAAGAGACUUCAAAGUCACCAUUGGGAAGAUUAACGAUCAGUUUGCGGGGUACAGCCAGCAAGAUUCACAAGAGCUGCUCCUCUUCCUCAUGGACGGCCUCCAUGAAGACCUGAAUAAAGCUGACAAUCGGAAGAGGUAUAAAGAAGAAAAUAACGAUCAUCUUGAUGACUUCAAAGCUGCAGAACAUGCGUGGCAGAAACACAAGCAGCUCAACGAGUCCAUUAUCGUUACGCUUUUUCAGGGUCAGUUCAAGUCCACAGUACAGUGCCUCACCUGCCACAAGAAGUCGAGGACGUUUGAGGCCUUUAUGUAUCUGUCUCUACCGCUCGCAUCCACGAGUAAAUGUACAUUACAGGAUUGCCUUAGGUUAUUUUCCAAAGAAGAAAAACUCACCGACAACAACCGAUUUUACUGCAGUCACUGCAGAGCCCGGAGGGACUCCCUGAAGAAGAUUGAAAUCUGGAAGCUGCCGCCGGUGCUUUUAGUGCAUCUGAAACGCUUCUCCUAUGAUGGUAGAUGGAAGCAGAAACUGCAGACGUCCGUGGACUUCCCGUUGGAAAACCUGGACUUGUCACAGUACGUCAUUGGUCCAAAGAACAGCUUGAAGAAGUACAACUUGUUUUCUGUCUCCAAUCACUACGGCGGCCUGGACGGCGGCCAUUACACGGCCUACUGCAAGAAUGCGGCGCGGCAGCGGUGGUUCAAGUUCGAUGACCACGAAGUUUCAGACAUCUCCGUGGGCGCGGUGAGAUCCUCAGCCGCCUACAUCCUCUUCUACACUUCGCUGGGCCCGCGGGCCGCCGACAUGGCCACAUAGGAGGGAGAGCUUCGCGCUGAUUGCGUGCCGGCCCUUGGCAGCCGCUGCUCACUCGCUCCCAUGGCGGCGGUGGCGCGCAGCGGCUCCGGGCGCGAGUUCGAGAACAGUGGGCGCCAUUCCUUCAGGUCAGUGUAAGGACGACACCAAGCAGGUGUCACAGCAACUUUCGUAGUCUGCUCCAAAGGUCAAAUAACGAAGUAGCUACGCGUUACCCUUCCCCCGGCCUGAAGCCAUCGCCACCCUCACCCUCCUUUUCACUGAUACGGCCUUCCCCUGCCCCGCCUGGUGUAUGAAUACUCUAGAAGAUUAAAGCAGAUAGGAAUGUACGUGUACAGAUUAUUGCACACUUGCACAGCAACCCGAUGUACAUAUUUAACGUGUCCUUUUGUGAAGCCUAGCACUCAGGACGCUUUUGUUUUCCUUCCGGCCCAGGCUGAGUAACUGCAGCGCUUUCCUAGGGCAAUGACAGGGCAGAGCUAUUUUUCCGUUGGCUUUAGGCUGUAUUUGUGCACUAAAUCUUUAUUCUACAAACAUGGAAACUUUCUUUAAUUUUUUAAAAUGGGAAUUUCAUUUACAUCUACAUUAAAAUCUUAAUGAAAAAUUAAC